AAAGUUUGGAGUUAGAAGCUAGAACCAAGUACCAACCACUCUCUCCCUUCUUCUCUAUUUUUUUUUCUCUUCCUCUUCUCACUCCGAGUCCGAAAUUUCAGAUCUUUCCAUUUUAAUUUUUAAUUUCUCUCUAUCCUUGUCUUAAAUUCACAAGAUUCUAUAUUUUUUUUUCCUCUAAAUAUAUAUAUAUUACAACAAAUUACAACAAAUUCCAACAAAUUCACACUGUUUCUUACCAGCCCACAAAUUUAUUUGAACAGAUUUACAAUCUUUCCAUAAAAAUCUCAUCUGGGUCUAUAUAAUUUCAUCAAAAUUCCAAAAAAAAUCGAAGCUUGAAGUUUAGAGUGAAAAACGAAAAAAAGGGUUUACAAAGAAGGAAAUGUGGGAUGUUUUCUUGGUUAACAAGAUUAGUUUCAUCGUGCUUGAGACCAGUGAGAAGGUAUGCGCGAAUGAACAAAGAUAUUGAGAAUGAUUUUGAUGUAUCAUCAAAAUCAGAAGAUGGUCUUGUUUGGUUUAAAGACCUUGAGAAACACUCAUGUGGUGAAUUCUCUUUUGCUGUUGUUCAAGCUAACGAAGUUAUUGAAGAUCAUAGUCAAGUUGAAACUGGUUCUGAUUCUGUCUUUGUUGGUGUUUAUGAUGGACAUGGUGGUCCUGAUGCUUCUCGGUUUGUUAAUGAUCAUCUCUUUAAUCAUCUCAUCAGGAUUGCAAAAGAAAAUGAUUCUAUCUCCGAAGAUAUUAUAAAGAAUGCUGUUACUGCUACGGAGGAUGGAUUUAUGACUCUUGUUCGAAGAAGCUUUGGAAUAAAGCCACUGAUAGCAGCAAUGGGUUCUUGUUGUCUUGUUGGUGUUAUCUGGAAAGGGACAUUAUAUAUCGCUAAUCUUGGAGACUCUCGAGCUGUGAUUGGUUCAACUGGUCGAUCUAACAAGAUCGUUGCUAAACAGUUGACCAAAGAGCACAAUGCCUGCAAAGCUGAUGUCAGAAAAGAACUUAGGUCUUUGCAUCCAGAAGAUUCGCAAAUUGUUGUUAUGAAACAUGGAACAUGGCGCAUUAAAGGCAUCAUUCAGGUAUCAAGAUCUAUAGGAGAUGCAUAUUUGAAACGGCCGGAGUUCUCCUUUGAUCCAUCAUUUCCGAAGUUCCACUUGUCUGAUCCUAUCCGCCGACCAGUGCUAUCAGCAGAACCAUCUAUAUGUUCAAGAGUUUUACAACCUAACGAUAAAUUCGUUAUAUUUGCAUCUGACGGCCUUUGGGAACACCUGACAAAUCAGGAAGCUGCUGAGAUUGUUCAUAGCAACCCUAGAAUUGGAAUUGCACGAAGACUUCUUCUGACUGCAUUGAAUGAGGCAGCAAGGAAAAGAGAAAUGAGAUAUAAAGAUCUGCUGAAGGUUGAAAAGGGGAUAAGGCGAUUUUUCCACGAUGAUAUCACUGUCGUUGUGAUCUUCAUCGACCAUGAGUUGCAAAAGCAGAAUGUUAAUGUUCCUGAGAUAUCCAUAAAAGGUUUUAUCGACACAGUUGGACCAUCAAAAUUUAGUAGUUUCCAAGAAAUGGAAUGAAUCCGUUUCAAGGUUCAUUUCUAGAAGGAAGCUUAGAAACUUCAAUACUUUUUUAGAGAUUUUUGCAGCAUUUAAUUGUUGUUUCUUUUGAACAAUUUUCUUAUUACACUUUUAAGUUUUCUUCCUUUGCUUUAUUUUCAAACUAUAACAUUGUUUGUUGGAAUACUUUUGCUGGUGAUAAAUGAGGGAAGCCAUGAUUUUCUCUUUGUUUUUGAGAUUCUUCAUGGUGUUAGAUUUUGCAGUGCGAUAAUAUAACGUUAUACCUUGUUUGCUUGAA